AUGGCAAGUGACUGGCGGCAGUGGAGGUCCAAGGUGCUGCAGGGUUGGGAAGUGGAAGAGAUAUUAGGCGACGCCAUCGUGGAAGGUGGGGCGGGUUCGUCGCUCUUGAGCCUGCCUCCCGAGGUGCUGCUUCCCCUGGUGCUGGGCCGCCUCAGCCCUCGAGAACUACUUCUCAACGUAGCCCUCGUCUCUCGCGCCUUCUGCCUCCUUGCUCAUGACGACUUCUUGUGGAAGGCGCACUACAGCCAGCGCUACAAGAUGUUCGAGUUCCAGCUUGAUGCACAUCAAGGCAAUGAAGACGAAGAUCCCACCACCACCACAACGACGACGGCACUGCCGUGUUAUGACACGUGGAAGGCUUUCUUUGCCUCGCGUGUAGUGGCCCAGCUUCCGUUUCACGGAGUACACUUGGAGAUAUGCAGCGCGGACAUUCAUCUUUCCGAAGACCAGCUCACGGUUCACCUGGACGUGGAUCACACAGGAGACUUUAACAUUGUGGCGAAUGGGCCGCUCUUGCCGUUCCCGGGCAUACCGGGCGGACAGCGCGUGGGCUACUUCGAGGUCAGCUUCAACAACGCCGGCCCGAGCCGAGUCGCUUCCGUGGGCUUGGCGAUCCCGCAAUACGCACAGCACCACCUCGGCUGGGUUAAAGGGUCGUUCGGCUACCACGGAGACGACGGCUUCCGCUUCACCAACGACAACCACCUGCUCUACGCCUGCCAGGGCCGCAAGUACUACGCGGGCUACGGCGACGGCGAUGUCGUUGGCUGCGGGUACAACCUGGACAAGAACGAGAUCUUCUACACCCAGAACGGCCACUACUUGGGCCCGGCGUUCACGUUCACGCCAGAGGAGGCGGCCGAGUACAGGUCGGCCGAUGAUGAUGAUAACGGCGAGCUGGUCUUGCGACCCAGCGUCGGCCUGGCCCGGGCGCACCAGGACGUGACGUUCAACUUUGGCAAGCGGCCGUUCGUUUUCAACAUCGACGCCUACAUCCUCGACUUCCAGGUGCCUGAAGCGCCUCCAUUCGAGGCCACUCGGCGCGAGUACGGCGGUCGCCACCUGUCCAUGUUCUCGAGACGCGACGACAUAGCCACGAGCGGGCCAGACAGCCCACCCCACGACAACGAGUAUUGA